UGUUAUAGGCACAACAAAUUCUUCUGUGCUUACCUUACAGCAGUCUCUGUGUUCUCCAGGCUUGUCUGGAAAGGCUGUCAGCAGUCCCUGGGGGUGGAUGACUUGUGGCCAGUGAGGAAAGAGGACUCCGCUGAAGAAAUUGUUGCCUGUGCUGAAAGAGAGUGGAAGAAGUGUCGUAGCAGAACCCAGCAAAAAACGGAGUCUGCUACAUUUAAGAAGGGUCAGAAGAGUGAAACUGGCAUAGCAGAAUCUGAAGAGACAGAGGUUCUACUGCAAUCAGAGUACAGUCAGAGCGGGCCCUUACUGAAAGCAUUUUGGAGCAUGUUUGGAACCUAUUUCCUUCUUAGCACUGCCUGCUUAGUUAUCUGUGAUGUAUUCUUGUUCUCCGUCCCAAAGUUACUGAGCCUUUUCCUGGAGUUCAUUGAAGAUGAAGAAGCACCUAGCUGGCAUGGCUAUUUCUAUGCCUUCGCUAUGUUCCUUUUGGCUUGUCUCCAGACUCUGUUUGAACAACGGUAUAUGUACAUGUGUCUUGUUCUGGGGUUAAGACUGAAAACUGCAGUUACAGGGCUUGUGUACAGGAAGAUCCUAGUUAUGUCAAACGCAUCAAGGAAAGCAGCAACAGUGGGUGAAAUUGUUAAUCUGGUGUCUGUUGAUGUCCAAAAGCUAAUGGAUCUGAUUAUCUAUUUCAAUGGGACCUGGCUUGCUCCUAUUCGGAUUAUCAUCUGCUUUAUCUUCUUGUGGCAGCUUCUUGGGCCAUCUGCCUUGGCUUCAAUUGCUGUAUUCUUUUUUCUUUUGCCUCUGAAUUUCAUGAUCACUAAGAAGAGGAGUCAGUUUCAGGAACAUAGGAGGAUUCGAAGCCUGCCAAGCUUCUUGAAGUUUAGGGAGACCCAGAUGAAGCAUAAAGAUGAGCGGGCCAAACUCACCAAUACCAUUCUCAGCGACAUUAAAGUAAUCAAACUGUAUGGCUGGGAGAAAACGUUCAUGGAGAAAGUGCUUGGUAUCCGGAAGCAAGAACUUCAGGCCCUAAAAAGAUCUCAGAUUCUCUUCUCAGCAUCUCUAGCUUCUUUCCAUUCAUCGACUUUCCUGAUUGCAUUUGUCAUGUUUGCUGUCUACACCCUGGUGGAUAACACACACGUGCUGGAUGCUCAGAAGGCCUUUGUAUCUUUAACACUGAUCAAUAUUCUCAACACUGCGCAUUCCUUCCUGCCAUUCUCCAUAAAUGCUGCUGUCCAGGCCAAAGUGUCUUUAAACCGCUUAGCAGCUUUUCUGAAUCUGGAAGAACUAAAUCCUGAGAGCUUAAGCAGAAACACUUCUGACUGUGUACAGGCAAGUAUCAUCAUAAGAAACGGGACUUUUUGCUGGAGCAAAGAAACUUCUUGUCUUAGAAGUAUAGAUCUUACUGUACCCCAAGGCUCCUUGCUUGCUGUAGUUGGCCAGGUGGGUGCUGGAAAGUCCUCCUUGCUGUCAGCGUUACUCGGUGAGCUGGAGAAGACAGAUGGCUGCGUGACCGUGAAGGGCACUGCAGCUUAUGUCCCCCAGCAAGCUUGGAUACAAAAUGCUUCGGUGGAAGAUAAUAUUCUGUUUGGGAAAGAGAUGGAUGAAACAUGGUUCAAUAGAGUGAUAGAUGCUUGUGCACUACAACCUGAUUUAGAGUGCUUCCCUGCAGGGCGGAAGAGUGAAAUUGGAGAGAAGGGAAUAAACAUAUCUGGAGGGCAGAAGCAAAGAGUGAACCUUGCUCGUGCUGUGUACCAGAAGGCUUCAAUUUACCUACUAGAUGAUCCCCUCUCGUCUGUUGAUGCCCAUGUUGGACAGCACAUUUUUGAACAUGUUCUUGGACCCAAAGGCUUACUGAAGGACAAGACUCGUGUGCUGGUGACUCACACAAUCAACAUUUUGCCUCAAGUGGACAACAUUGUUUUUCUGGUGGAUGGAAUGAUCUCAGAAAUCGGUUCCUACCAAGCACUUCUACAGAGAAAUGGAGCCUUUGCAGAAUUUCUUCAUUCACACAUUACUGCAGAAGAGAAGGCAGGCACUGGUUUUCCAGCUAUAGGAGACACCAGAUUCAUCAUCACCUCUAGAAAUGGUCCGUCACAGGAGAAGUUCUCUAGUGACAGUUCAGUCAAAUCUUCUGCUAUGGAAAGGGAGACCAUUCCUGUAAGUCAAGACUGUACCACUGCUGCAGCCACCAAAGGAAGAUUAACCAAGGGAGAGAAAACUCAGCAUGGCAGGGUUAAUGCUUCGAUUUACGCAGCCUACCUGAAGGCGACAGGCUUACCACUGUGUGUGUACAUCAUUCUGUUGUUCACCUGUCAGCAAGCUGUGUCAUUUUCUCGUGGUUACUGGCUCAGCAUUUGGACAGAUGACCCUGUUCACAAUGGGACACAACAGCACACAGAGAUGAGAGUUGGAGUCUUCUGUGCACUAGGAGUCGUUCAAGCCCUUGUCAGAUUUGUCUCUAUAGCAGCAGUCCUUCUAGGUGGCGUGUUAGCGUCACACAAGCUGUUUCUGCAGUUGCUGAGGAAUGUUGCGAGAUCCCCAAUGGUCUUCUUUGAGCAAACACCCAUUGGAAACUUGCUGAACCGCUUCUCCAGAGAAAUGGAUGCUAUUGAUUCUGUCAUCCCUGACAAAGUGAAGUCCUUGCUGGGAUUCUUGUUCAACUUGAUGGAGAUCUACCUUGUGAUAAUCGUGGCUACACCAAAGGCGGCAAUGGCCAUAGUGCCCUUGACCGUUCUUUAUGCUGCAAUCCAGCACUUCUACGUUAUCACCUCCUGCCAACUGAGACGCAUAGAGGCUGCCAGUCGGUCACCCAUUUACUCCCACAUCUCAGAAACUUUCCAAGGGAGCAGUGUGAUCCGUGCUUACAAGGACCAGGAGAGAUUUAUUUUGAAGAGCAAUUUUCUAGUGGAUGAGAAUCAGCGAAUAUGCUUCCCUGGAGCAGUUGCUGACAGGUGGCUUGCUACAAACCUGGAGUUUCUAGGCAAUGGCAUCGUGUUGUUUGCAGCACUGUUUGCAGCAAUGGGCAGAACACAUCUCAGUCCAGGAACUGCUGGUUUCUCUGUUUCAUAUGCUCUUCAGAUAACUGGUGUUCUGAACUGGCUGGUGCGCUCCUGGACGGAGAUAGAGAACAACAUUGUUUCUGUGGAGAGAGUGAGAGAAUACUUGAGAACUCCUAAGGAGGCACCCUGGACUCUGAAUGGCAAACUUCAAGAUCAAGUUUGGCUCACUGAAGGAAGAAUUGAAUUUAGAAACUACAGUUUGCGAUACAGGCCAAAUUUGGAGUUAGCACUGAAACGUGUCAAUCUAACCAUCAAUGGGCAAGAGAAGAUCGGCAUAACUGGAAGAACAGGAGCUGGGAAAUCUACUCUUGCUGUAGGAUUGCUGCGAUUAGUGGAAGCUGCGGAAGGAGCGAUCCUAAUUGAUGGACUAGAUAUUGCUCAACUAGGUCUCCAUGACCUCAGAACCAAGAUAGCUGUCAUUCCCCAGGAUCCAGUUUUGUUUUCUGGCUCUUUAAGAAUGAAUCUCGACCCAUUGAACCGAUACACUGAUGCAGACAUCUGGACAGCUCUGGAACUGACUCAGCUCAAGAACUUUGUUGCAGACCUGCCAGAUCAGUUGGAAUCUAAGUGCACUGACCAAGGGGAGAACCUAAGCACCGGUCAGAAACAGCUGGUUUGUCUGGCCAGAGCACUUCUUUGGAAAGCCAAAAUCCUCAUUCUAGAUGAGGCCACAGCAGCAGUAGAUUUAGAAACUGAUCUGCAGAUUCAGUCCGCCCUGAAGACUCACUUCAGAGACAGCACGGUGUUAACAAUAGCUCACCGGAUAAACAACCUCAUGGACUGCGACAGGAUUUUAGUCUUGGAAAAUGGUCAGAUAGCUGAAUUUGAUACUCUGGAAAACUUAAUAGCUCAGAAGGGACUGUUCUACAGACUGAUGGAAGAAUCGGGCCUUGCGUGACUCACUGACAGAGUAUACCAUAAUGCCACUUCUAUCAGGAAUAAUUGAUCUUUAAUUGAGUUAUCUUGGUUUCGCUCUAAAAUGCUUGCCACUCAACCAAAUCUUGUUUGAGCUAUAACCGCAGUGAGCAGAUGAAAGGGAUGGAAAGGGAUACCUGUUAUUUCCAUAGGAAACUUAGCAAUUCCAUUUUAAUUAUGUUUCCAGAUACCAAAACCUCACCCUUCUGUUGAAUAUGAGCCAGUCUGACCUUAAUGGCCUUGUUGCUUUUAUGGUAUAAAAGCAAACAAGCCAAAAGAAAAAGACUACAGCAUUUCUGAUUUAUACUAUAAAUGGAGCCCAAAUAUACUGCCAUACUUGAAGAUUACACAGAUUAAGAGCCAACAAGAUUUUAUGGACAGCAAACAAGGAUUUCACUGAUACCAAGCAAACUUAACUGUUUACAGCUUGCACUAAGUUCCAGGCAGAACAAAUAUAGUCUUUUGCCCAUGUCUUAAGGACUGCUCACCCGAGCACUGUUUUUACACAAGUAUGGGGGACUCCAAGGCAGCGGCUGGAUCUCAUCACCCAAAAUGCACAAAACUGGGGGAGUAGGGAAAAGGAAGCGGGAUGCCACUAAGCACGAGAGCUUACAGCUGCCCGCGGACUGCCUGUUGUCACAGCUGGGGAUCAGAUCCGCUUCCUCUCUUUCUGUGUCAGCUUUGGAGGAGCCCCUGAGUGAAUGACGCUGUGCCAGGGGCUAACAGACUGGCCAGAGGAAGGGAGCCAGCUUAGCCACGGGCUCGCUGAUGCAGGAGAGAGUAACUUGUCUUGGAGUGGCCAGCAGAGCAUGUCGUUCCUCCUGCUUGAAGGCUUGGAACAGCCUUUCUGCCAAAUGCCAGUUGGUCACAGUGGAGCAUGUCCAAACACCGACACCAACGUUUCCAAAUUGAAUUUGGCCACAAGGAAUUCACAGGGUGGAAAGUGUCCUCCUCUGAUCCCUGCAGCGUGGCAGUCUGGCACAUGGGGAAAGUAGCAGGGACUCACCUGUUGAGCUGGUGGUUCAUUCCUGGUUUUCUUCUUGAGUGGAGUUUACCUCCUGCAUGCGUGCCCCGGCGUCGCAGAGCCUCUGGCAUGGUCACCUUUCAGAUGUUACUUUAACAAACCAAAAUGGCAGCUGAAAGCAAAGCCUUCCUGGGCUUCCCGCAGUGACAAGGAGCUGCGGUCAGAGCUGCCCCCAAGCCUCAGGAAUCCCAACAAGAAAAUGUAACAAACAAAUCACACUGUGAGAUACUGCUGUUUACUAUCACUUUUGUUAAAGCACUUCAUUUUCUAGAAAGCUGAAAUAAAAAUAGAAUCAAGUACUGAAAUGUGUCUCUUCAGUAAGCAAAAGUAAAUAUAGUAUAAAAACAAGUAACGGGGGAGGGGAUGGGAGAGUUCAAAUCGGCAGGAAUCAACCCACACCAGCAAAACCCAGCAGUUUCUUCUCUGGCAGCUGUUCAGUAGCCUCUUCACCCACGUUAAGAGUAGUUAAGAGUUUCUGCUGGACAAGCGCCUGCGAUACCGAAGUCCAGUGGCUGCUGCCGUACUGGUGCUCAAAUACCAGGAAAGAGGCAGUAUUUUCCCUCUGCUUUCUCCAAACCUUACUCGAGGGCAGAGACAAAAAAAAAUUUCCAACAACAAAGUUAUGAGCGCUCUAAAGGUUUAUCAAUGGAUCUCAAAACCAGGAGCAUUUAGACCUAGUGACACAAAAGUUUGGUAUUUUAACUGAGGUCAAAGAGAAAGAGAAGUGCCCGUGUUGCUGGGCAAUUCUGAAACAGACAUCUUUUAGCAUACCUUAAUCUCUGAUAUAAACAUCUUUUAAAUGCUUGCUUUCAGUUCCUAAGUUGGUAAUGAAGAGAGAAGGCAAUAGAAGGAGAAAAUAAUCAAAACAUUCUUUCACACUGGUAAUCUUUGAAAGGGCGCAGUUUUGCUGUCGGCUUGCACGAAGUACAAGCAAGCAAAAAUACUGUCAGCUUUCACAGGUCACGCUGUGCUGAGAAGGCAAAAGAAAAGGGAUUCCCAAAAUUACAUGUCAACCCCCUG